UCGUAUCCAAAAUAGUAGUCUUUCAUGAGCGUAUACAUACAUCUUUUUUCUCAGUCGCUAAAACAUAUGGGUCUCACGUGGUUAUCUUCGUCGAUUUCUAUUGUUAAAGGUUUCAGCAGAUUGAGCUCCCAUCACAGCAGAAAUCAUCACUGGGAUGUGCCAAAAGGUCAUCUAGCAGUGUAUGUUGGUGAAGAGCAAAAGAGGCGGUUUGUUGUCCCGAUAUCAUACUUGGAACAACCAUUAUUCCAAAAAUUGUUACGCCAAUCCGAGGAAGAAUUUGGGUUUGAUCAUCCAAUGGGAGGUCUAACUUUUUCAUGCCAAGAGGAUGUGUUUAACCAGCUCACAGCCAUAUUACAUACAUUUUGA